AUGAAGCGGCCAUUGAUCUUCAUCCUAAGUUUAAGAGAAGCUCAGUCACUCUUGUUGACAUUUGAGAGCAUGAUAGAAAGGAACACAACCAACACUCUCAAUGGUGAUGGCUUUAGAGGCUUUGCAAAUAUUUCAUCUCAGCAGACAUCCAAAAGAGGAGGCUUCUCUCCUAACCCCAACACCAGAGGCAGAUUUAACCAAGGUAGGGGUGGAUAUAGAGGAGGCAGAUUUGAAAGAAACAACAACUAUAGAGGAAGAGGAGGAAGGAGUAGCUUUGUGAGAUGCCAGAUCUGCCAAAAAGAUGGACACACAGCUGAUAGGAAUUAUAGUAGGUUUGACCAAUCUUACACCUACUCCCAGAACAACAAUUUCAGAACUCAACCUGUGUAUUUUACCUUAAUUCAGAACGUGUACAGCCUGACACACAAAUAG